CUCUCAUACCUCAUAUGUAGUGGCCGUGCCUGGGGUUAGGCUUGCUGAGGCAUUGGGUUGUACUACUUGUAGCUCCACCCCCAUCAUGGCGGCUUCCCUGACUGACAGGAAUGUGACUGACUCUGGGCAUUACAUAAACACGGUGUAACAGUGAAAUUGCUGAAAUAAAACUUCUAAGCAGAAGCCAAAUUGCUGCUCCUCGCACAGACUCCCCUGGCCCAAUAUAAUUAGUUGUGUCAGAAGUGGGAGGGACAGGGGCUGUGGGGUUAAAAGAACUCCUGCCUCUUGCGAGGCCUCAGGUGACAGUCGGAUGGAAGGGAAAUGAGGAGAAGAGCCCCAAGCGCUUGAGGUACAAGGAGUCGACGGCCGGGAGUUGUUGCUGGAGAGACACAAUGGCCGGAGACUGUCUGACGUUGUGGUUGGAGGAGAAUAACGUCAUAGUCAAACAAUGGCGGGAUUCUGCAUCAUACGCAAAUACCUUCGCUGAGAAGCAAAAACUGCAGCUGUUACACGCAGACCUGUACCAACUACUGCAGAAAAUACAAGGGUUACCAGCAACUCCCCAAAGCCUCCCCCUGGAGCUAUCUGUUCUGUACAACAUGCUCAUUUUCCACAUUCACUCCACCAGUGGCUUCCAGGAUGAACACAACAAACACAUAGCAGAGACCCUCAGUAGAGUAUUGCGAGUGUGUAGUCCUGGGGUUAAUGUGCAGAGCAACGAGGAGCUGUGGCAUCAGUUAGUCCAUGGGGGAUAUUCAUCAGAGCUGGCAGCUUCAUUGCACAGACUGGCUGGCCUGCAGGGGGCGCUCUGGCUUGCAGAGGAGAAGCUGCAUGAAGUUCAUGACUUGUUUUCUUUGCUUUUGCAUCCUGAGGAUUCUGAAUGCUCCACCAAUCUUAGAGCAGAGGAGAAGCUUCUGGCCCUGCUGAAAGCAUGGAGAGUGUCCAACGAGGCAGAAGAGAAAGUACUGGUUGUGCAGCCGGUACAGCAGCUCAGAGACGUCCUUUACACAUCAGCAGCAUUCCUGCAAGGUAUCCUUGCCAUGGAAGCGUCCCAGCAUCCCUAUGCGAUCAAUCUCUUUGGAGAGGCUGCAGAAAGCCUGUGCUCUGGCAGAGUCCUGGCUCAGGUGUACACUUGUCUGGGCUUCUGCUUUCAGAAAAUGGAAAAGCCUCAGACAGCCUUGCAGUAUUGGAAGCAAGCGCUGCACUUAGACUUCCAGUGUUUGGCUGCACUGUAUCACAGCUCCUCUGUCUACAAGGAAAUGGGCAAUGUAGAUGCUGAACUAGAGGCGCUGAACUUGCUCUAUAAGGCUUUACUGAGUCCCGAGCAAGAAGCUCCCUCCACAAAGACUUGUUUCCUGAUUGGAACAGAGCAGAUAGUAAAUGCCCCGAGCCUGACUAGCGCUGUGCGUGCUCCAUCUCCCUGGAAAGUGAAGUAUUUAAUAGCAAGGCGCUGCCUCAAAAACAAAAGGGGGGAAGAAGCUGUGGAGCAUUAUCUGGACCUCUUGGCUCUUCUACAGGAUGAAUCUCAUCAGGACUUACUCCCCAACCCUGAACCUCUCAUCAGGAUCCCAGAGGUGUUUCUGGAGACUGCCGCUGGUCUAGUAUUGGAGAAAAGAUACCAAGACGCCAUGACGGUGUGUGAGGAAGUCCUUGGCAGAACUGAUGACCUGAUACCUGGGAGUCUUUCUGUAGAUAGCACCCAAAGUAAAUCAAAUGUAAUGGCAGAACAGCUUGACCUUGUCUUAUGGGCAUCUGCUGCCCACCUGCACCAAGGCCUUUCGCACGGACUGCUGGGAGAUCAAAAAGAGUCGGUCACAGAGUAUACGAAAUGCAUCAAUUUACUUGUGAAGGUGCAGUUUAUAGACACAGGAUGUGCUUCUCCUCAUUGUUCCCGAGGCAGUGGUGAUGAGAUGGAAAUCUCCUUGAUUGGUUUGUGCAGUAAAGAAGAGACAGUGCUGUGUGCACUCAAGGCUGCAGCCUUUCUGGGCAGAAGCCAACAAUUUUUGGCACUGGGGAAGCAGAAGGAAUCUCUUCUGAACAUGCAGCUCAGCUUACAGGCAUCACCAGCUUUCCCUGGAGCUGCACUUACCCUGGUCGGACACUUGAUCAAGCUGGGCAGAAGAACGGAGGCUGCUUCGUACCUAAAGAGAUACCAGAGUGAAAGGAAAACCUUAGCUGAUCAAUGGGAGGCAAUGAAACGGAAUUUACCCCUGUACCUGGAUCCGCACAUCAACCACACAUUCCCUGCAGAAGACUCUCUGAUAAAAGAAUUGGAGGAGAGCGCAGAAGAGAUGCAAAGUGAGGCUGUAGUGUAGCAAACAGCAUAUAUUAUUGUGUUAGUCAACAUUUCCAGUGGAUUCAGCACACUUGUCCAAUCUGGGGGUAACUACACGAUCCUGACUGCCCUCCUGUAGGUGUGGGACUAUCCAACUACACAGGGAGACAAACAAGUACAUUGUGUUACUUGCAGAUUGUCUCUUUCUCCUCUUUUAUAUAUUUACCAGCUCUGUCACUCAACAGGAAAAGUAGGCAGAAUAAACAAUUGUUAUACUUAA